AUGGCCUACUCUACCAACUUCAGGCCCUACGACGCUCGGGAAGGCUUUCACAGGAUUCUUAGAAAUACACAAAAUUGGAUGGAGCAUUGGAUUGAAAGAAAGUUACUGAGUAACGACGAGGUUGCGGCGCGUUGGCUGGAGUCUCUUUAUUAUUUUCCGCACGUUCUUACUCGCUUUCGAAAUUUCCUUGUUUCACACCCCGACAUUCAUGCCGCCGUUGGAUAUCCCGGUAGCGACGGUGCAAUACUUGUCGCUUGUGUUUUGCGGUUUGUUUGCCAAAACAUAUUUGGAGAUUUACCUUGCAGUAUCUCCCCACAGAUAACACAACUACUGAAUACCAUCGAAGACUCUAUGUCGAAUUGUAGCCACCCAAGGAUAGACAGAUCGGCUAGACGUAUUUGGCGAGCACAAGCCAAUCAUGCCCUUUUCACACAUCCGCAGCAUGAUAUCGCUCGUCAAGAACGCAUCAAUACGUACACUUUAGAGCUGGCAGAGAUCUUUGCCUUCGUCUGUACACCUCAUAAGAAAGAUAAAUUUCUUAGCUCGAUAGCUCACAUGAUUAUUGAGCCGAGUUUUGCUCUUUAUGAAGAUAUGAGCCGGAGUCACCUGAAGUACCAAGUCGAUUGGAAAGCUUUUUCAACCGCAAUGCAUGGUCUCUCAACUCAGGGACUCGAAAGGCUGGUUAACGAGACUAACUGCGUAAAUGCCGCCAAUAACAAUUCACAACUUACAGUUGCUGACCUGAGGAUGAAUCCCAAUAUCCAGAAUCCUCAAAAACACAUCUUCUUUCUUUGCAGCAUUUAUCCUGCGUUGAAAGUAGACCAAUUCAUGGGAGACAAUAGUGAGAAAAGAACUUUAGUUCAGGAACGCAUGUUAGUAGCAUGGGAUCCUUCUCGAAUUCAAGGAGACCCAAGCAUAUUGAAAGUAAAUUCAUGGCUUGUCCAGGUUUGCUCAAUGCUAGGAUAG